GCCCGGGGUAACAGGCCGAGCCGGCCUUCUGCCGGUCUCCAGUAGGUUCCGAGCCGCAGACGCGCGCGCACAGCCGGGCCGGACGGCUCCCGCGGGGCGCGCACGAGGCCCGGACGCCCGGCGGAGGAGGUGCGGCGAGGGCCCAGCCCAGAGGAGGCCCGCCUGACGACUGGGUUGCCAUGGCAUCCUACUACGACAUCCUGGACGUGCCUCGGAGUGCGUCCGCCGACGACAUCAAGAAGGCGUAUCGGCGCAAGGCCCUACAGUGGCACCCAGACAAGAACCCGGACAAUAAAGAGUUUGCUGAGAAGAAAUUCAAGGAGGUGGCCGAGGCAUAUGAAGUGCUGUCUGACAAGCAUAAGCGGGAGAUCUACGACCGCUAUGGCCGGGAAGGGCUGACAGGGGCAGGAACUGGCCCAUCUCGGGCGGAAGCUGGCAGUGGUGGGCCUGGCUUCACCUUCACCUUCCGCAGCCCUGAGGAGGUCUUCCGGGAGUUCUUUGGGAGUGGAGACCCUUUUGCAGAGCUCUUUGAUGACCUGGGCCCUUUCUCGGAGCUUCAGAACCGGGGUUCCCGACACUCCGGCCCUUUCUUUACCUUCUCUUCCUCCUUCCCUGGGCAUUCCGAUUUCUCCUCCUCAUCUUUCUCCUUCAGUCCUGGGGCUGGUGCUUUUCGCUCUGUUUCUACAUCCACCACCUUUGUCCAAGGACGCCGCAUCACGACACGCAGAAUCAUGGAGAAUGGGCAGGAGCGGGUGGAAGUGGAGGAGGACGGGCAGCUGAAGUCAGUCACAAUCAAUGGUGUCCCAGAUGACCUGGCACUGGGCUUGGAGCUGAGCCGUCGUGAGCAGCAGCAGUCAGUCACCUCCAGGUCUGGGGGCACUCAGGUCCGGCAGACCCGCGUGUCACACCCCUCUGACAGCGACCUCUCUGAGGAUGAGGACCUGCAGCUUGCCAUGGCCUACAGCCUGUCAGAGAUGGAGGCAGCUGGGAAGAAACCGGCAGGACUCCCUUCUCCUUCCUUUCCGAGAAGGCCUCAGUGUGGCGAGGAAGAUGCUGGGGCUGGUAGGGCCCUGAGGUCUUCUGGGGAGGCUAGCUGGGUGGGACGGGAGCCUCUCAGAGUCCAGAUUCGGAACCGGAGUCCACUCCUCCUCCCUUCCUCUUGCUGCCUCAGCCUGCCCCUGGCCUCGGGACUAGGCAGAGAUGUGUUCUGAGUUGGAUGGCCGGGAUCCAGAAUCGCUGCACGGUUUCAACAGGACAGCGCUCCCCCAUGCGCUGGGAGGGGACACUCCAUUCCUCUCCCUCACCCAUGGCUGAGUGUAGUGCUGUAGUGUCGGGGCCUGGGUGGUGGGUGGGGCUGGGUGGGAGGCAUCAGUAGUCUUAUCCUGUGAACUCUCUUCCCCCCACCAUCUGGUGCUGUCUCUUGAGUACUACAAGUCCCAGAAUGCAAUGCACUGGCCUCAUUUCUGGUAUGUCAGGCUUGGGGGAAGUAGUGCGUGGUUAUGGAGCUGUGCAUCUUGGGACAUGUAGUUCCAGCCCACAUAGGCCUGUAACUCCCUGUGAGACGAAGGUCUUGUCUUUUGAUUUGUCCCUGGCAGGGGUGGCGAGAAUGUGGGUGAAGGGGGAAUGAUCAGAGCCUCAGUUCCCUUGACACCUCUCACUAGCCCCAGGGUUAGAGUGGGCAAAUCAAAGCCCUGCACAUUUGGGAGAGAGUCUUUUCCUGUGGGCAGCCUGGGGUCUGAGGAAGAAGCCAGGGCAGGCAGCAGACUAAGCAGGGCAUGGGCUCACAGCUUUGAAGGGAAGGCUGUCCUUGUGGGGCCUGUGUGGCCAGGAUUGGCACGUGAGGGGAGCUCGGGCAUGCUGCUGCUUGUAUGGCUUUCUUUGGCCCCGAUCCUGCUACCCAUUCUUUCUCUCCGACAUCAUGAGCUGCCUCUCCCCCUCCCUGUCUGGGGAGCCCAGUGGCCAGGGAGGGGAGUGGUGGAGCCGGGAUGUUGCCAGCCUGUACGCUGAGCCUCAGAGACCUAUCAAAGCCAGCUGGGCCGAGCUCAGACAGAGGGAAACACUGGAAGUCAAUAAAGCUGUUUUGAGACCUUGGUGGUA